AUGGACUAUCGCGUUUGGCUGCAUCCGCUCGCAUUUGUGACUCUAUUGAGCUUUGCUCAGGCUAAGCGAAACUUUAUCGUUGAUCUUCACAAUUUCACCUGUAUAAUAGUGGACCCCUCUUUUGGCAAGGAAUUGACCUGUAUUAUUCAUAAGAGUCGCCCUAAUCCCGUCAUCUCCGCUCGCUUCAUGCUCGCCAAAACAGAGAAGGAAUUUAAUAUACAUUUUAUCCUGGACAUUGUAAAAUCUGACGAAAGCGUCAUAAAAAUGGGCAACAGCAAACUCGAUGGCUGCAAAUACCUCAGCUCCCUGUAUGGCAAUAAUAUUUAUGGCAAGUUCUUCAGGCGGAUUCAAAAGGUCAGCAAUUUGCCAAGAAAGUGCCCAAUACCCGGCAAUAAACUCUAUGAGAUUCGCAACUAUUCGAUCGAUGUGGACGAAUAUCCACCGGCUGUGCCCGAACUCACCUUUCGCCUUACACUGAAAAUAAUGAGAGGAGACCAUGUCGUGGCAAUAAUCUUCUUUAUUGCCAGUACAAUAUAUUGA